AUGGCAACGAUGGAGAUGAAAGAGAAGAAGCAGCACAGCAAACGAUCAAAGAAAAAAUAUGAUAAGGUGAUUGAUGAAAGUGCACCGCCUCCUGUCGCUGCACACUGUGAUUUUGAAGAACCAACAACGAUUGAUAAGGAGGAUAACGACAAGGAGGACACGAGCGUCCCCGACGAAGUCAUCGACCCCAUCGAAGAAGAAUCAAAAGCGCCACAACAGGCAGUCGUUGAGGACCAAAUGGAACAUCAGAACGAACCUCAAAUCAAUGAAUAUGCCGAAAAAGAGGCUACGCCAACGGCUCCGCCUUUAUCCUUUUCAGGCGGCGAUGCGAUCGAAGUUGCCAGAAUUUAUCCCACAAUCCCUGUUGCCAUCAGUACGCUCCGGCCACCACAAUCGCACCAGCUCGCUCCGAUCGACGCUAGACACAUAUAUCCGGUGCUGCCGAAUAUUGAACGAUCAUCGCAGCAGCCUUUCGUUGCGCCUGAAGGAACAAAAAUUUAUCCAACGCUUCCCGAUGGCACAAUGAGCGAACUGAGUCGAGAGCAGCUCAGUAAGAUCUUUUCAUCCAACGAUACGAACGAACUGCUCGCACUCAAGACUCAUUUUGAGACCUGUGAAGCUCCUGCGGCGGUUCGAAGGACAGCAAAGUACACCGGCCACCCGCUGUACGCUCUUCUAACUGAUUACAUGCAAAAGUGCAUCCGAGAGGUGCAGGACCGCGAGACCUUACGUGUUUGCCGAAAGAAGCUCGAACGGUUGCAGGGUAAAGUUUGGCGGGAGACGUCGACUCGUUUCAGCGGGACGGCAACCUGUGCGGACGGAAAAAUCGUUACUGCGUCCACCGUCGAAAAAGUAGCAGAAUUGGAUCAAUCUGUCCUCGAGGGCCAGAAUCGCGUGAGCCGAGAAAUUGAGGAGCGUAUGUACGACCUGAACAAGGCUCAACUGGCGGCCGCUGCUCGGGCUGCCGAGAUCGAGGAUUAUAUUUGCGUUCAGUUGGCCGGCUAUGACGCUAAGAUAUGCAAGAAGCCAUACGACGCAGUGCAGUCUGGGUUGAGAGAUAUUUUCACAAUUCUGUUGUACUUUCUGCGUGUGAACCGUGAAAAACCGGGCCACCGACAGCCACCGGGAACUCGCAGUAAGGACGAGAGGCGAAAGGAGCAAAACUUCAGUGAUAGCGUACGAGGUUGGAUGCGGGAAUGUGCAGUGGUUCUUGUGUGGCUUGGGAACGUCCACGAUCGGUUGAAUGUAUUGCUCCAGCUGCUGCACUGUGAAGCGGGGACACCUUCGUGGGGAAAGGAACUGAUUUCCCCGUUAAGACCGGUUGCUUCUCACGGGCAGAAGGCUUCAUCGAAAUGGCUAGCAGAUGGCGAACUGGGCCAAGUGUUGAAAAUGCUCGAGCUCGGGUUGGCCUCCCAUCCGCAACGUGAAUCAUUUCUUAAGGCUUCGGCUUCGGAGGACGUUGAUGAGUUGCUGAAGAGCCUUGACAGCAUGACGGUUACGGCAAAGGCGGUCACUCCGUGCGAAGAUGACAGUGAUAAUCAACAGGUGGAUUGGCUCGUGGUGGAUAGCGAUGGCGAAGAUUGUACCGGUUCUGGUGAGGUGGCACCACUCAAGGAGGACGAUAUGAUCGCAUUUCUUGAUCAGAUGCCAUUUGCGGACGUGUUCGAAACGCUCACCGCGAUCGGUAGCGCGGAAGCCAGCUGCGUUACGAUCACACUACAUCACAUGCUUCGCGCGAUCACCGUCGCUCUGGAGAUCGUUCGUGUGCUUGCGAUCGGUGUCCGUACGUACGGUAAUCAGCAGCGGUACGAUAGUUUCAUUCGUCGGCUCGGUCGUCUGAUUGCUCACACGGUUCACUACGUGGCCGACUUGUUCAGUCUGUACCCAGGCCGCAGUAAUCCGAUCGAUCCGGCGUGCCAAGAGUUCCAACGGCUCUUGAGACGAGCCGUUUGCUCUUUGGCAUGUUUACGAGAGAACGCCGCCUGGCAGUAUGUCCUGUCCCUUCCUUACCGGCUGUUGGCAUUCACCGACACUUGGUGGCUGUACAGUGGAGUGCUUGCCGAUGUCGAGGGUUGGAACGAACGGACGCUGCUUUCUGAGCUCGUGCCGAACGAUGGUGAACGGCACAUUCAGAUGGACAAAGUUUACCGUCGGUUGCUUGAAAGAUCACCGAAAGACGUUUUCUACGUCUGCCAGCUGAUUGUCAGUUUGGUGGAUGCUCGAGAUAUUAAAAGCGAAACGGGUAUUUACUUCGUCGCUGUAAAAGACUUCUUUCAAAUUUUGCUCCGCAUCGAUCACGAAGAUCAGCCAGUGUUGCUCGAAUACGAGCUCAAUCAGUUGAUGUUUCUUUUAAACAAACAUCCGCUGCUAUGCGAAGCCAUGGUCGAUGAGUUACAAUGGUGCGUGGAACAGGACACUUUCGGGAACGACUUCCCAGGUGUGCGCGAUUUACGAAAGCUCUUCCGCCAACUUCCGUUUUCUAAUUACUCACCCACGGCGGCGUGCAUCGACAAGUUGAGCCGGAUUCUGCGCAGUUCCGGUCCCGCUUCGAGCUAUUCGUUUAUAGCACUAGAAAUCCUGCAAAGUUUCCAGUACACAACCGUUGUGAACGGUCAGCUCUGGAUACCUUUGUCGGUUCAGUUGUACAUACUAAACACCGUGAUCGCAGCGCACCGUCAGCAUAUUCCUCUCGAUCCUAAUGCAACACCGGCAGCAACGGCCAACAAGCCAUUCUUUGAGGCAUACGAUAAACUGUGCUGGGCCAUCGUGGGCAAACUGAAGGUACACCGUCUAGACCAACCGCAAGAGUGCAUGGUCCGCGUGAUACACGAACCGGAAGUGGCACUCGGGGAUGUGCCCGGCCUAGAGCAAGUGCCUGAGAUACGGGAAGGCGUGGAAGAGCGACGACCACUUGCGAUCUAUGCUGCCUUACUUGCGACGACCGUCGGCCAUUGGGUGCCAGUAUUUUGCCAUACGGGAGUGAAACUUCUCGCCGACCAUCUGUGCGACCAUAGUCGGAAAUUGGCGAUACGAUGUCUGCAAUUGAUCGUCCCACUGUUUCUCGAUUGUCCGCAGAGCUUAAGAGAGAAUGAGUCAUUUUUGACGCUCUUGAGUAAGGUUAUUGGUAAACCACCCAAGGAAGCUCGUUGGUGGUCAACUAGCGGCGACGGAGAGGAGGCCCUCAUUGAAGAGGACGCUACGCUGCGGGUGUAUUGCUUAGCAUCUCGUAUGGUUUAUCUGCAGCUGAGCGAUCACAAAAUGUACGGUUUAUCGACACCUGCUCCAUUGGUGGAGGUGUGGGUGCAGGUUCUGACUGCGUUGCCGGAGUGGAAAAAGUGUCCAAAGGUACUCCGGAUGCUCGAUGUGGUGGCCGAUGUGGCGCACCACUACGAGCCGGCUUGGGAUUCGCUCAGGAAACAUCUACUUCCCCACUAUUUGGAUUUGGUGGAAGUUAAGUCGCCGACAGCAAGUAAAAAUCGGCUUUUCAUGAGAAACAGUGAUGAAGAGUCACUCUACAGCUUAAAGCCCGACCUGCUUGCCCUGUCCAUGGUGAGCUUCGAGCUUGAAGCGGAACGUACCGAGCUGGAGCUGUGGCCAGGCUUGCUGCAAACCCUGGCUGCCGAUCCGGCUGUUUCGAUUGACGAAGCUCUAAAGCGGGUCAUUGUGGAACCCGCUACAGACUAUGCGCUCUCCGGUGGCAAGCUGGUCCUGUACAAAGUGGCACGGCAAAUCAUAUCUUUCGACCACAAACAUCCGCUGCAGGUUUAUCUGUGGUUGCGCUUCUUUCGUAUCUUCUACACAAUGAUUCCGGCCGCCGAUGGUGACCUACCGGUCGUGCACGGGUCCACAGAUCGGUUGCUGGCGUACGAUAAGCAGCUUGAGGAUAAGUUGAAGGCAGCUGCACAAGAACAACGAGAUUACUACGCAAAACUUGUGCCAACUCCUGUCCUGCCGCGUAGCUGUGAUAGCGAGCAUGCAAAAGCAGCCCAAGCGCAGCUGUAUCAGUUCCUGGCAGGAUUUUAUGAAUCGUGCUUAUUGUGGCUACAAUCAGAUAUGUUGAACGGAAUAUCGCUCGGUACCCUCAGAACACUGCCAGAAAAAUUCAACAAGCCAAUGCUGCAGAUCAUCUUUAACAAAUCCACGAACUAUCUGAUCGAAUUCAACGAUGGACGCUCCGAAAUGCAUCGUUUUGAUCGAAUCCGCGUUUCCUGGGACACACUCUUGGGACGACAUCUUAGCCGAGUAAAUCAACAGGCUUCGGCCACCGAACCGGCUUCGACCGAGACACGUGAUCCUGCCGCAAUACUCGAAUCGAUCGCGAAGCGACUGAGUGAAUACGAUCUGCCCGUUCCGUUGACAGCGCUACGCUGUAAACUACCGUCGGUUCCUGUGUACGAACUGUCCGUCGAUACCGACCCGCGCAGGGUGGUCUCCGGUAUUGAGACGAGCAUCGGUGUGUUGAUUAAGUUCGCAACGAAACAGUAUCGGCCGGCGUGGGACAACUUACGCAGCCUGCAGCAACAGUACCGGGAGCUGCUCCCGAAACGGUUCUCCGUCGAGAAGCAGGUCAAACGUAAGCUGACCGAGUGCAGUAUGCUAACGAAGCGCUGCACUGGCCCCGUUACCGUGUCGAUCGUGGUCAGUAAAACUAUCGAGCGGAAAGAAAUUGGCGAAAAGAUCACGCAAAACCGUUCCAAGUUUGAUGAGGCUCUGAAGGCUGCCAUCCACACACCGGACCCCGUUUUGUUGGCGCUCCACCAAGCGAAUGUACUGCUGAUGCAGUUGGAUCGGUGGUUCAGUGAUUCGGGAGCACUGGGUGUCCAUCUGUUACCAAAAGAUCACUCCGUAAGAGCAUUAAUCGGUCGGUUCGUUCCCGUCAUGAUAGAGCACAGCAAUUUACGUUGCCCGGCAACCGAGCAAGUUUUGAAAACGUCCUUUUCGCUGUUCAUGGCACGCGUUCCGUCGCUAGUGUACGAUCCACUUCUUGCCAGCUUGCAUACGGCACUGAUUAGGUCAGACGUAACCAUUCUCGACUUUUUGCCACACGUCAAAGCCGCCCAAAUCCCCGGCAGUCACAUGUUGCAGCUGUACUCGCGGUUGUUAAAACUGAACUAUGGACGGCAACUUGAGAAGCGUGCCUUUAUCACCGUUUUUGAUGAACAGUUUGAUCUGUUGCAGUGGCUUAAGCAAAAAAGUAUGUCAGGAAACGAUCUCGAUGGCAUGAUCGUCGAGACAGUAAAAGCUCUCUGCAGCACGGCCGACAGCUCGCCGACGACCCCGUGCAAAGAUGUGCCAGAUCUUUCCAAACAGUUCCAUGACACCUUGCAGCGCCAUCUUCUUACGCUGGUUGACGAUAAUUUCCCCCAGCAUUACGAGACAAUACUGAUGGAGCUGUUGAAUGGCUGUGAGCAACGACAGCUGAGUCCGGAGAUCCUGCUGGCCGUAAAUAAUGCGGUACGUGCCCAGUGGCGCGUGCCUCCGAUAACCAACGCCAUCAAUAGCUCAUCGGAAGUGCGUGCUCUUCUUUCACGCUUCACUGGGCGCCAGUACGAGGGCAGCGAUCGGUUCAACAUUUAUCAGAUGGUGACGAGUGCAAUCCGAAGGUUGUCUCAAUACUUCGUAACCCAGCGGACGCAGAACUGUCUGCACGGGCUUUACCCUCAGUAUCGGGCGUACGUAAUGCCGCUGGCCCUGACGUUUGCCACACUCGGUCAGGCAUACAUCGAAACGUUCAUUCCAUCGCAGAUUUCCAGUAUGCGGGAAGCGGAAUCACACGUUAACACCGUGUGGGAUACUCUGAGUAAACUAUUUUCGGCGUGGCUUGAACCGUACGAAAAGACCAACUUUGCCAGCUGGAUUCAACAGGUCGGACCAAACUCGCCACAGGAACUGCUGCUCCAGUGGAGCGAUCUGUACGUUGCCGAAGCAUCCCAGAUGCUGGUUGCCUUCACGCACUGCGUCGAGUCACUGAUCACAAAGCUCGACGACAGCGUACGGAUACAGGAACGAUACGACGGUGCGUCGAGUGUCCUUGCCCUCGUGUUCGAUUGGUACGAGCGAAAUUACGCUCAUCGUUCGGUAGCGGACACGGUUCUGACGCCAGCCAACGUGCAACUGGUGACGUUGCCGUGGGAAAAGUUUCACCCGGGAGAGCUUACCCUCGGAAACUUUAAUCGCAUCCUCGAUCGUUUCACACCGAUCGCACAUCAGUUUGCGGCUCAAGUCUUUAUCCGCUGCCGGUGGGAGCGGUUGACCGAUGAUCUUCGGGUAGGUGACCUGCUUGGGGUUUGCGUAAAGCUUGCACACGAACCGACGGUCCAGGUGAACGGCCGCUCCGCCAUGAUGGGGACACUGGAAGCUCUAUCUAAAAUGCGCUGGGUAGGGUUCGACCCGUCCGAGCUUAAAGUGACCCUCGAUUGGUUUGUGAUGUCAACCAAUGCUUCCAUCAUCCUGCGACUGGCAUCGUCACCAUCGCCGAUCACGUCACUUGAUGAGGCGAUUCUGAACUUACUGUUGGUGGCUUCUGGGUUGCGUUUCAACGAACAAAAUCCCACAACCGAACAAGGGAACGAUCAGCAGAUGCGUAAACGGGAAAUGUUUAUGCGUUGUGCCGUCCGUUUGCUGCUGACGUACGUCAAGCGGAACAAGAAGGCGCUAGUGGCGAAUCCCAACGGCUCCGAUCAGUUCUCUAUGGCCGUCAAGGGGCUGGUGGAACUCGUUGCACAUGCUACGGUAAACAUUCGCCACGAUCCCGGCGAGAACUCGGAUGGCAGGAAAACAGUGACGCUACUCACCCAGUUGUUCGAGGAAAUCAGAGUUUGUGCCUCUGAGCCGACGUUCGGUUACUUCACUCAAGCGGUACGUAACGUGCUGGAACAGGAUUCACCCGGUUGUGGAAGGCUCGUCGAAAGCGUACUGCUUGGCUGCGCUCUGUACAGUAAUCGUGCGCCUAUCGAGAUUAUGUUAACUAUAGAAGUGGCUCUUUUUAAGCACUUUCGGCUUAGCUAUCAGCCAUGCGAUUACUGCUCUACCUCACUGGCCGGUAGCCAGUGUGGCGGUCAUCGCGAUUGUCGUUCACAAUUUGGACAAUGGUUGCCCGUUCUGCAGCUUAUUGAUCCGACCUCCGGUUGGUUGAAAUCGCUUCAAGAGACUGAACGCAUUUCGGCGGUUCCGCUAUUGUUGCAUGGCGUCGUGAUGAGUCGCUUCGUUACUGCCCCGAACGACGCAGAAAGAUUGCAAACGUUGGCGCAGCUGCAAACCCAGCUCGGAAGAAUGAAUGUCAGCACUCAAUACGAAUCCCGCUUGUAUCUCCUGUGGGGACUGAUGGCGUAUGGUGUAAUGACUCUGCUUGCUACCACUCCCGACGCCGUGACGCUGUUGCAGGAGUUUGUACAGUACCUGAGCUCGGUCAUCAGAGGGCCGUUCGGAACGGUAAACCGACUGGUACAGAGUGCCCUAAGUUUGUACAAAGGAACAUCCGCCAGCCCGACACGACGUACCGUAGCACAGUUCCUAAUCGUCUGCCUUGACUUCUGCCGGCAAGGCUACUACCCAACAGGGCGCAGUGCGAGUGAAUCGCAACACGAUGCUGUUGGUGAUGAUUUCGAUAUGCUUUCGGAUGAAGCGAGCGAUAGAAUUGGCGAGGAUAAGUCCCCGAAGGUAAGGGCGGUCACUUUCCUGGGUACCAAAAUAAUGGAAGUCCUGAACGAUGCUAGUGGUGUGCCACCGAAUCAGAAGGAUCCCACCAAAGCUGCCUGGGGCAAGUAUUUGGAGAGCAUUCGGUCGCAGGAAGAAAGCAGCACCGCUUUCGCUCAAGUUGUUGAACAAUCGAUGGCUCCUCUUUGUGUCGAGAUCCUCUCUAUACUGGGCGGACAGGACACCGACAUUCUGAUGCACACGGCAUUGGAUGGUUGGAAAAAGCGAGGCUUAUAAUCGUGGACACCAGCUGUGGUCAACAUUAAAUGAUUCUUAUUCACAAUACAUUAUAAGAAACAAAUCCUUUUCGAUGCAAUCGAACCGCAAUGUGAGAUUAUCGUGUCAUUUUUCCUACAUUAUUCACACACGCCUUAUUAUUCUAUCGAUGAACCAUUGCUUGACGAUGAAAACUAGAUGGGGAACGUUACCUAGCAACGCUCGCAAUGAUUUUAUUCCAAAAUGGGAGAGGAAACAAAACGAUUGGCCAAAUCAAGAGAAACGAUCGUGUUAUUAGAGCACAGAGCUGUUUUCAGCUAAAACGCCCUUAUUUCUCGAAUAUUAAAUAAAGCUACGGGAAUCAAAAACAA